AGAGGAUGCUGCAGAACAAUCCACGAUCUAAUUAACAUAGCCUAUGCGGAGAAACGUGUCCUAAGUGAAGGAUGACUUGCAAAAUACUGAGCAUAUGCCUCUUAUUUUUGGGUUUUCAACAUUGCUCAUCACGAGACUGUGUUGAUCCGCUGGUCUCUGGGCUCUAUGCCUCCUCCUUCCUGGCCUCCUCCAGAUAUAACUUUCUGUACUCCGCCAAUUUUGCCAAAUUAUAUGGCAGCAGUGGCUGGUCCCCAUCCUCUAGGGACAGGCAGCCAUGGCUACAGGUGGACCUGGGUAGGAAGUACCGACUGGUGGCCAUUGCCACUCAGGGGACCUUCAACUCAUAUGACUGGGUCACCAAGUACACCCUCCUCUAUGGAGACAGACCUGACUCCUGGACGCCGUACAUCAUGAAAGGAGGCAAUUCUACGAUGCCUGGAAACUGGAAUUAUUAUCAGGUGAAGAGGAAUGUCUUCCAUUACGCCUUUACUGCUAAACACAUUCGUCUGUUGCCUCUGGCGUGGAAUACAGAGAAUGGAGGGAAGAUCGGUGUGAGGCUGGAGCUGUUUGGCUGCGCUUAUGAUUCGUAUGUGCUACAGUACAACGGGGAUGACUCAGUGGUCUACAUGUACCCAGGAACGAGGGCCCGUACACUGCAGGACCACAUUGCCAUUAACUUCAAGACUCUGGAGCAGGAUGGCCUGCUGUUACACAGUGAGGGGGUUCAGGGAGACCUCUUCACCCUGGAGCUGAAGAGAGGCCGUCUUUACUUGCACAUCAGCCUUGGGAGCAGUGUCAUACACAAAGUUAAUGGUCGAACUACAUUAACUGCUGGCAGCCUUCUUGAUAACCUACACUGGCACUAUGUCACCAUCAAGCGCUACGGUCGACAGGUGAACCUCACAGUGGACAGUCACACAGUCACAGGCAUCUGUAAUGGCGAGUUUACCCACCUGGAUCUGGAUAAUCAGUUGUAUGUAGGAGGAGUAAUAGAGCAAAACUUGCCUCACCUCCCCACUACACCAAAUUUCCGGGGCUGCCUGGAGAAUGUCUUCAUCAACGGCGUCAACAUAAUUGACAUGGCUAAGAGAGAAGAACCUGAAAUCCGCAUUCCCCGAAAGAAAAAGAUGCAUUAUGCCUGCCGUGACAUUCUUCUCAAACCGAUGACCUUUGCUGGGCCCAACAACUACCUCCAGGUGCCGGGUUUCUUCAGGAAGCCUAAAAUGUUUGUCAAGUUUAAAUUCCGCUCCUGGGACUACACAGGGCUGCUAAUGUUCACUCGUUUUGCUGACGACUUGGGUGCCCUUGAGCUGGGCCUGAGCGAGGGACAGAUUAACGUCACUAUAUUUCAGCCUGGCAAGAAGAAACUCCAGUUCGCUGCAGGAUACAGGCUUAAUGAUGGCUACUGGCACACGGUGGAUUUAGCAGCCAGAGAUAAUCUGCUGACUCUCACAAUUGACGAGGAGGAGGGCUCCCCUCUGAAGAUUACUAACCCCUUCACAAUUCGAACAGGGGACCGCUACUUUUUUGGGGGUUGUCCGAAAACCAAUAACACAAUAAGGAAGUGUGAGACCAAGCUGAAUCGCUUCCAUGGUUGCAUGCAGCAUAUCUUCAUCGACAAUGAACAGCUUGAUAUCGAUAUUAUUCUACAACGACAGUGGGGGCGCUAUGCUGAGCUGUUGUUAGGCACCUGCGGCAUCACUGACCGGUGUUCUCCAAAUCCAUGUGAACAUGAAGGCAGAUGCAUCCAGUCCUGGGAUGACUUUAUCUGUCUGUGUGAGAACACAGGCUACAAAGGAGAAGUGUGUCACAUGUCCGUUUAUAAAGAGUCAUGUGAGGCUUACAGACUCAGCGGAAAGUAUUGGUCCGGAAACUACACCAUCGAUCCUGAUCUCAGUGGACCGCUGAAACCAUUUGAGGUGUACUGCAAAAUGAAGUCGUACAAAGCUUGGACAGUGAUUAUGCAUGACCGUGUGGAAGGUACCAAGGUGACAGGGAGUUCAAUAGACCAGCCGUACAUAGGACAUGUCAACUACUGGAACGCCUCUUGGGAUGAAGUCACUGCCCUAGCAAAUACCUCCAUGUACUGUGAGCAGUGGAUCGACUACUCCUGCUAUAAGUCCCGUCUCCUCAACACCCCCAAUGGAAGACCUUUUGGUUUCUGGAUUGGUCGUAACAAUGAGAGUCACUAUUACUGGGGUGGAACCUUCAGAGAGGUCCAAAAGUGUGGCUGCACAGUCAACCAAACCUGCAUUGACUCGAAAUUUCAAUGCAACUGUGAUGCAGACUAUAGACAAUGGUACUCGGAUAAGGGCUACUUGGACUUUAGAGACCAUCUGCCUGUGAGGAAGGUGGUGGUCGGGGACACCAACAGGACCGGCUCAGAAGCACAAUUCACAGUUGGACCCCUCCGCUGUCAUGGCGACAGAAAUAUCUGGAAUACCAUAGCUUUCACCAAGCCCACCUACAUAACUUUCCCCGCCUUCAAGCCUGGCUCCAGUGCAGACAUCUCCUUUCACUUCAAAACCUAUCGUGAUAACUGUGUCUUCUUGGAGAACUCUGAUGACCACCUUCGAAACUUUAUACGGCUAGAGCUCAAUAGCACCCAUAACCUUUUGUUUAUAUUCAUGGUUGGUGAUGGCAUCCUUAAUGUGACUCUACACUCAACUGUGCCACUCAAUGACAAUGAGUGGCACUUUGUCCAGGCUGAAAUCAAUGUGAAGCUGGCCCGCAUCAAGGUUGAUUAUCAGCCUUGGGCUGUCAGACGUUUGCCAGGUCAGACGUUUGUCACCAUGCAGUUUACAAGUCCUCUGCUUGUAGGCGCAGCCAACAAGACCCACAGACCUUUCUUAGGGUGUCUUCGAGGUUUACGGAUGAAUGGUGUUCCUCUGGAUCUAGAGGGAAAAGUAAAUGAAGAACAAGGUAUAAGGAGGAACUGCUCUGGAGAAUGUCUCAAUGCUACCAUACCAUGUCGAAACAGUGGCCAGUGUAUUGAGGGCUAUGCUUCCUACACUUGUGACUGUAACAACACAGCCUUUGAUGGUUUCUACUGCCAUAAAGAUAUUGGAGCCUACUUUGAGAUCGGUUCAUGGCUGAGAUACAACAUACGAAAAAAGCCCAUAUCAGACGAAGCAGCAUGGGCCAACUGGAUUGACCCGCAUUACGACAACUUCAGCCUUGGCUACAAUGACACGGCAGAUGACAUAGAGUUCAGUUUCAGCACCGUUCACACGCCAGCUGUGUUGCUCUACAUCAGCUCCUUCGUCCAAGACUACAUCGCUAUCAUCCUCAAGACUGACGGUAGCGUAGAUCUGAGGUAUAAGCUUGGACUCAUAACACACAAAUAUCAGCUAACUCACCGAAACCUGGCAGAUGGAUACCCCCACUAUGUCAACAUAACCAGACACAACCGAACCAUCAAAACACAGGUGGAUUACAUGGAGCCCAUAGUGGAAAAGAUAACCUUAGUGGAGGAUGCCAGGUUUGACUCUCCAAAGUCCAUGUUCAUGGGCAGAGUGAUGGAGGUUGGUGACAUUGACUAUGAGAUUCAGAGGCAUAACGCUCCAGGCUUCAUAGGCUGCAUAUCCGGAGUAAGAUACAACGUCUACGCCCCUCUUAAAGCCUUCUUCCGUCCAAAUGAAACUGACCCUCCGGUAAAGACACAAGGCUACGUCUCUGAAUCCAAUUGUGGCGCCUUCCCUCCCAUCCUGGGUUAUGUACCAUGGGAGGCAGAUCCUUGGUUUACUAGCAUAGAGUAUUUAUAUAUCCAUGAUGACCUAGGGCUGUUUUGGAUAACAGUCAUUGUGAUCUUGGCGUUGCUGCUGCUCUUCGGAGGUCUGUACAGCAUCUACAUUUAUGCGUACCAGCAGAAGGGCAGCUACCGCACCAAUGAACCUAAGAACCUGGAGUCCCCGAGCAGCUCUAGGCCGCUGACCGAGACCCUGAGAAGAGAAAAAAAGAACCUUCCACAAAUUGAAGAGGAGUUCAGGAGCGACUAACUUCACAGGACCUAUGGGACAGUGGGCGGGGUUUGUCUGUGGGCCAGGGAGAGAGAAACAGCAUUUACAACCACAGAUACCUAUAUUAAGUUUUUUAAUUUCAGUUUUUUUCUUUUUAUUUUCUUUUUUGGCUGGACGGCAACUGUGGGGCCAGCAUGACUGAGUGAUAAAGUUACACCAUUGGUUGGCCAAAAGCAGUCACUUCCUCUAUCUGUUUCAUAUGAAAAGCCUUCCGCCAGGGUUUGACCUAGGCUUGUUUUUUGGCUGGACUGCAGGGACCAGCCCUAUAAAUAUGAAUGUCUGUCCCUUUGGCUGAUCAAUGUGUAACUUAAUCACUCACCUUGGCAAGUAGGUCUUAUCUGCGGAUGCGCAGUAUCUACACAACA